CCCCACUCCACCCCCCGCGCAUUCUUCUCCCUUGUAUGGCCGGGCUGCUGGCAGUCCCACCAGCCCCUAGAGCUCCCAACAGCAAACAGCCGCCCGAACUGCCGUCAGCCAGCUCUCGAAGAAGCGCCUCACCGCAGCACCACCAGGGACUUUUCUUCUCUGCAGCAGGGAAGCCCCAACACCCAAAGCCAAGAUGUCCAGCAAGCGGGCCAAGGCCAAGACUACCAAGAAGCGGCCCCAGAGGGCUACGUCCAAUGUCUUUGCCAUGUUUGACCAGUCCCAGAUCCAGGAGUUUAAGGAGGCCUUCAACAUGAUUGACCAGAACCGUGAUGGCUUCAUUGACAAGGAGGACCUACACGACAUGUUGGCUUCUCUGGGGAAAAACCCUACGGAUGAGUACCUGGAGGGCAUGAUGAGCGAGGCGCCAGGCCCCAUCAACUUCACCAUGUUCCUCACCAUGUUCGGGGAGAAGUUGAAUGGCACGGACCCGGAGGAUGUGAUCCGCAACGCCUUUGCCUGCUUUGACGAGGAGGCCUCGGGGUUCAUCCAUGAGGACCACCUGCGGGAGCUGCUCACCACCAUGGGCGACAGGUUCACGGAUGAGGAGGUGGACGAGAUGUACCGCGAGGCGCCCAUUGAUAAGAAGGGCAACUUCAACUAUGUGGAGUUCACCCGCAUCCUCAAACAUGGAGCCAAGGACAAAGACGACUAA